AUUAUUUGCGCAUGCUCAUCGUAACAGGAAGUAAAAAUUUAGCUUUGCAAACAUCCGAAAAUGCAACGAUUAAAGAGCUCUCAGAAAGACAAAGUUCGGCAAUUUGUUGCUUUCACACAAACAGGAGAAAAGACAGCAAUCAACUGCUUAUGCGCUCAUGAUUGGAAACUAGAUGUUGCUGUUGAUAAUUACUUCAUGGCACCAGACCGUUAUAACACUGCUGAACCAAGGUCUUCUGUUGAUAAAAGAAAAAUAGAGGCUUUGUGGCAGCGCUAUAAGGAUCCUGGUGAUGAAGAGAAAAUGACUGUUGAUGGAGUGAUGAGGUUUUUAGAAGAUCUCCAACUGGCUCCUGAAUCAAGAACAGUUCUCAUACUUGCAUGGAAGUUUAAAGCAAAGACUCAGUGUGAAUUUUCCAAAGAGGAAUUCAUCACUGGCAUGGUAGAACUCAGUUCCGAUUCUGUAGAUAAACUCCGAGCGAAAUGCAACACUUUAGAGCAAGAGAUAAGAGAUUCAAACAGUUUCAAAGAUUUUUACCAAUUCACUUUCAAUUAUGCCAAGAAUCCUGAGCAAAAAGGACUAGAUCAGGAUAUGGCGAUAGCAUACUGGAAUAUAGUCCUCACUGGGAAAUUCAAAUUUCUAGACUUGUGGUGCAAAUUUCUACAGGAAAAUCAUAAACGGUCUAUCCCCAAAGAUACAUGGAAUCUACUUCUUGAUUUUUGUAAUAUGAUUAAUGAUGAUAUGAGUAAUUACGAUGAAGAAGGAGCUUGGCCAGUUUUAAUAGAUGACUUUGUAGAAUAUGCAAAACCAGUGAUAAACAGCAAGAGGAGCACAGUGGUAUAACUAGAGCAUACGCUGUAGUGAGCUUGUUGUUAGGAUUGUGAUUCAACCCUGUUUCAUCUAUUCUCUUUGUUUUACAGUGGGGUUUUCUUUGGAUUGUGGCUUCUCCCCUGUUAGGCAUUCAUCUUAGUUCCUUACUCUCUGUCGCUCUUAUGAAUCUCUAAAUAUGUCAUAUUCC